CGUCGGCCACCUGACCGUAGUGACCGGUGCCGGUGACGGCAUGCGGUGAUAGCGAACGCAGAGAGGAAAGAGUCUCGUCGACCUGGGAGAAUGGACAGCGCGGCCGGACUGGCGAGAUGGAUUCUCCUGUGUUUCUGCCUGUCGCGAUGCGCGUACGCGCGCCGCAUUCUCGAGGAACCAAGGAUACACUUUCUGAAUGCAGGUGACAGUGUACAAAAUAAUAAUCCUGGCCUGAAAACGUAUUGCCAUAAUGCUUCGUCAAAGUACUUGACGCAUAUGUGGAGGACUAUGACUAUGCACCUGAACAUCAAUUCCGACGCCUACGUUUUGUACGACGGUGAAACGCCUCACCAGGUUCACCGAAAGCACGAUGAAAACGAAGCGUCGUGGAGCCUCAAUCUGUUCGAUACGGGAAAACACAGGCAGUUUAAAGUCAAUCCCUUUGAAAACACAUGCUUAGGCGUUUACGUAGACUCACCCAGCGAGUCUGGCUAUAUAAUGACGCUGGUGGAAACCCGUGUUAAUGUUUGGAGACUGACAAUGAUGGGAAUGGGUGUUAUCGUUUUCUGGUGCGCCAAGUUAUUGAGUCGGAAUUCAUUAUUUUAUUAUGCAUGCGGCAUAACAUUUGGGGUUACUUUGUCGAUUGUUAUUUUAAUAUACAUGGCUGGGAAAUUGAUACCACGGGGAAAAACUAUGUACGUAAUAUUUGCCGCAUCGAUGAGCCUUUUCAUUGCCAAAACAUUAUGGGAAAACAUGCAGCUAAUUGUGAUACAAUAUAGAGAAUGGGUAAUGUGGUAUGUUCUUGUUACAUCGCUGAUUAGUUUUGUAAUUUGCUACCGUUUCGGUCCAGUUACCAAUGCGAGAACGAAACAGAUAAUACAAUGGUUUUUGCAGCUUGUAGGAUUGGCGCUGGUUUAUUAUAGCAGUCACUUCUAUGAAGCAUCCCUUUCAUGUUGCGUUAUACUCAUACUUUUGUAUAAUUUUCCGAAAGCAGCAUUUGAGCGAGGAAGAAGGUAUUGGCGAAACGUGUUUCCGGAAAAGCGGAAAUUAUUGGAUGAAGAUGGCUAUCGCCAAGAAGGAAUUCGGCAAACUAGGAAAGCUUUGAAAGAACUACAACACUAUUGUUCCAGCCCAGAAUGUAAUCCUUGGAAGACAGUUUUGAAACUGAAAGAUCCGAUAAGAUUCGCAAAAUUUAUGGAGGGAGAAUCGCAUUUGCUGGAAGAUGAAGUCGACGAGCACGAAGAAGAAAUUUCGAAAAUUCUAGACAAAGAUGAUUACACGGAUGAUGAUGACUCUUUCUGAGUACAAACACUUAAAAAAAAUCUAAUAUUAUGUAGAAAUGUACUUAUUAAUUUAUAAAAUAGUACAAGUCUUGAUAAUAGUAUAUAUAGAAUAUAUUUUUGUUUGUGAGAGUUAAUGAAUAUCUUUCAUCUAAAGAGACUGAAGCAAGUACUUAAAACAAUAAUGUAAAUUGUUUGCUCAAAUAUGUUGUAUUCCUUAGAAAUGUUUAUGUCUUUAUGAAAUAUUUUUUUGCGAAAUGA